AUGGUUCGCAAAAAGACACAUGAGCAAGCUGCGAUCAGCUCCAAGACUGCGUCGCUCGCAGCUAGUGCGACACAGAAGCAAAGGACUAAGCAAACUUGUGUCACGGAUGCAGGCGAGGUCAAAGCGACCGCGAAGCAAAUUGUAGGGGGCAGCAGUUGGACAGGCAAAAUCCCAACGACUUUAUUACAGGAAUACUGUCAAAAACAAGGAUGGGCUCGUUGCGAUUACGUCGUCACCAAGUCCGGACAGCAGUUCGCUGUGCGGCAUGUCUUGAUAUCGAAGAAGAAUCCCAAAAACAAUGAAUUGACGAAUGUCUUGCUUCGACCGACUGUCGAGACGGCUGCCAUCUUGCCGACAAAAGCCACACCGCUUGAAGCCAGGAAUGUCUCAGCAAUCUUUGCUCUACAUCGAGUGGCUUCGGAUCGGAGCUGGCUGAUGCAAUUGCCUCCAGAGUACAGGGACAUUUGGAAAGCUUUAGUGGAGUGCAAAGCUGCUGACGACAAAUCCAACAAAUCUUGGAUGUAUGCGUCGGACCCAUUCAAAGCUGCAAAAGAGCACGAAUUUCAAAAACAGCAGUGGGCCAAGGAAGCAGAGAAGAAGGACGAGGCGAUCCGCAAAGCUGGAUUCCUGCCAGCGAGGCAGAGUUUUGAUUGGCAGCAUGCGGCUGUCGUUGACAUGUCCCGAGAGUAUCGUCAACGUAUUGAGACAAUGGUGCGGGGUACACAGCUUGUUCUGUCGCAAAAGAUCGAACUUGAGCCUGCACAGACCCAGGCCAUCAGCAGCUCUCUAGCGGAAUAUGGCUUUCGCAAGUCUCAUACACUAGAAGCACUUGAGCACUGCAGCUCGCAAGGCGAUGCUUUAGAAUGGCUUUUGCUUCACGUACCGGAAGACGAUUUACCCCCACGCUUCCUUCCCCCGUCAUAUUCUGUUGGUAUCAGUGCAUCUCAACAUGAUUCUGACUCAUUGCGUAUCGACUAUGCUGCUCGCCGACUUGCUUACGCUGGCUAUCCAAUUGACAGUGCAAAGGCUUGUAUGGUCCAAUAUAAUAGCGAACUUCUAGCAGCUGAAGUAUUACAAGCUGAGCUUCUCGAGUUUCCGUUCGACGCGCCAGCGACUUUGGUGGAAGAGCAACCCGAGUGGGCUAUCGAGAUAGAAGGUAUUGCUGCUACAUUCAUCGAUACGUUCCGCUCCGACGAGGCCGCAGGACAAUGCAGCGUGCAGAUUCCCGGGCACAAGAUGUAUCAAUUACAUUUAAGACCUCCAGUCUCUGGAGUAUACCCAGACUCGCUUCCAACCUUUUAUGUGGCGUACCAGUCAUCCUCUAUGCCCGCGUAUGUCAGGCUGGCCAUUGUGCGACAACUUGGUCAGUAUGCGAGCACGUUGAAGGGUGAGCCUAUGAUUUUCAGUUUGGUGGACUGGCUUGAAUCUAAUCUGGAACGAAUACUUCAAAACCCCGGAAAGCUUCAGUCCCUUUCUAGCAUCACUACUGGCUCAUCCUCGACUUCUUCUACCCGGAAGCAUCCUCGGCCUGUUCCGCGCAACACAAAGCUUAUUCAAUGGGAUUCCUCCUCUGCCGAGUCUGCUUCGCUGAGAGCUCAAAGAGAUGCCUGGUUCGAAGACAGAAUCCAUCAGAGAAAGAUGAAGAAUCGCGAGUCCCUGCCAGCCUGGAGAAGCCGUGCAGAAAUUCUAGAUGCACUCAAAAGUCACGCCGCCUUAAUUAUUUCUGGCGAAACCGGAUCUGGCAAGUCUACGCAAGUGGUACAAUUCGUGUUGGACGAGCUCAUCACAGCCGGCCAUGGUGAUGUGGCCUCAAUAGUGUGCACACAGCCGCGGCGAAUUUCCGCUAUCGGCCUCGCAGAUCGAGUAGCCGACGAGCGAUCUUGCCUUGUCGGUACUGAAGUUGGAUACCAAAUCCGCGGAGAGAGCAAGAUGUCUGCAAAGACCAAAAUUGCCUUCGUCACCACCGGUGUUUUACUCCGAAAGUUAUCGACCCAAGGAGAUGCAGGUCUCUCUCAAGUGACGCACGUUUUUGUGGACGAAGUCCAUGAGCGUUCUGUAGACUCGGAUUUUUUGCUAAUCCUCCUCAAAGACCUGAUGAAACGUCGCAAAGAUCUCAAAGUCAUCCUCAUGAGUGCCACUGUCGAUGCUAAUUUUUUUGCCGAAUACUUGGGUGCAAAGCAGCUCGUGAUCGAAGGUCGGACUUUUCCCGUCACGGACUUCUACGUGGAGGAUAUGGUAUUUUUGUCCUCGGACUCGAGUCCUCGAGAAAAGUCCAAAAAUGGUGUCAACUUCGACAUGAUAGUUGAUAUAGUGCGACACAUUGACAAGGUCAGUGGGUCAGACCUCAGCGGGAUUCUUGUUUUUCUACCGGGUGUCCUCGAAAUUUCGAGAUGCAUGCAAGCCAUCAAAGGUGCUGGCCUAGCGAGAGUGCUCUGUCUACCCCUUCAUGCGUCCCUUGAUGGAACUGAGCAGCGAAAGGUGUUCUUGCACACAGCAGGUAUGCGCAAAGUCGUACUCGCUACCAAUAUAGCCGAGACAUCCAUCACGAUCGAUGACAUCGGAUCCGUUAUCGAUACUGGGCGGGUCAAGCAGAUGGCAUUUGAUUCAGAGGCGAAUGCGUACAAGUUUGAAGAGGUCUGGUGUUCCAAAGCAGCGUGCCGUCAGCGGCGUGGGCGAGCUGGUCGUGUCAAAGCUGGUGUCUGCUACAAGAUCUUCUCCCGCUCGCUUGAGUCCGCCAAGAUGUUGGAAAGCACACCACCUGAAAUAUUGAGGGUUCCCCUGGAACAGGUGUCGUUAUCUGUCCUGGCCAUGAAUAAGCCUGUACGGGUCUUUCUCGGUCAGGCAAUUACUCCGCCCCCGCUUGCUUCAUUGGAAGCUUCUAUGAACACUCUACGAGAGAUUGGUGCAAUCGAGAGUGGUGAAAAGGAUGUCCUGACUCCUCUUGGUCGGCAUUUGUCUCUCAUCGCAGCUGAUGUACGAUGUGCGAAAUUGCUGGUCCUCAGUACCAUCUUUGGCUGUGUCGACGAGGCACUCACCAUUGCCUCUGCAUUGUCUUCCAAGCCCGUAUUUUCUUCCAAGCCAGAGGCCCGGGAUUCUAGGCUGGCCUUUGGUUCCGCCGACGGCGAUGUGAUAUCUAUUCUGAACGCUUACAACGCCUGGAAAAGGCAUGAUAAUGGCCGUCAGCGACGAUUAUGGUGCGACGAGAACUAUGUAUCCGACAUGGCCAUGCAGGAAGUUGCAUCCACUCGAACGCAGCUAUGGGCUUGUCUACGUGAGGCUGGAUUGAUUCAACGAGAAUCGCACCACCGAAAGGAUAGCACUGUGGCGACGGCAGUCCUCAGAUCCCUGAUAGGUGCCUCGCUUUCACCAAACAUCGCCCGCAUUGCCAUGCCAAAUACCAAGUAUGCGCAGCAUCAGUCAGGUUCAAUUGCCAAAGAUCAUGUCAGUCGUGAGAUCAAAUAUUUCACAAACGACGGCCGUGUGUUUCUCCAUCCGACCUCUGUGCUCUUCUCGGAGAUUGAGUACAAACAGUCGGCAUUUCUGGCGUUUCACCAACAAGUUGAAACGUCCAAGAAGUUCAUCAAGCAAAAUACUCCCGUUUCAACGUACAGUCAAUUGCUUCUUGGGCACAGCUUACAGCUCGACGGGCAAGGAAGGGGUCUCAUUGUCAAUGAUUGGGUCAAACUACGUGCGUUUCCGAAAAUUGGGGUAUUGUGCAAGCUUCUUCGAAUCAUGCUAGAUGAUAUCCUCCUCAACAAAUUUGAAUUUCCUCAGGAAACGGCCUCGCCAGCAGUUCUUUCUCUAAUUACAGAUUUGCUAGCCUCGAAUGGGAUAAAUAUGUAG